CUUCUAUAGAGUUCUGCAUUUGUAUCGAAUCAACGCAACAGCAGUCGUUGUUUUGGAAAAAGAAAAAUGUUGCUUGCUUUUUGUGGGAUUUUUCGUUUGUGUGAUAUAAAUAAAAGUGCAUCAGACAAGUGUUCACAAAAUUUUUGAGCAUUAGCCUCAUUAAAUUUGGAUCAAGAUAUUUAUAGGUGUUCUAUAUCAAAUUUUUUUCUUAUACGGAUUUUGCAAUUUUUCGAACACCAUAACCUCAUUUUUAUAUAAAAUACAAUAGCAUUUAGAAAAUAUUAAUUUAAUAAGAAUGCAAAUGUAUGUUUCUGCAUUCUCUGAUUAUUUACAAAUGUCAUUUAUAUUAAUUUACAAUUAUCUUCAUUUUUUUUAUUAAAUGGAAGAUUUAUUUUUUGCAAAAUUUACAUUUAUGUCUUGUUUAAAAGAAAUUCACAGUCGCAAUUGAAAGACUGCUCCUAAAUAGUGAAAUAAAUAACAAGACAAUUUUAAAAAUGUCAUACAACAAUAUUAUUUCUCCAGAUAUGCUGACAGAAGGGGAAGAAAAUACUGAAGAAACUGUCAUGUACGAGGAGUCUGAAGUUAAUCAGAAUAUUAAUAUUAAUAUAAAAAAAGAAAGUGGUUUAGAUAUUUCUUAUGAAGAGAACAUUGCAUAUGAAGAUGAAAAAACUGUUGAUUCAACUAAAAAUAAUGAAUCAGUUUUUAUUGGAAUUAAACAAGAAUGGGCAGCAGAAACUGCAUCAAAACCUUUGGGUUCUAUUGACAGUGAAGAUGAGAGAACUGAAUUUUAUAUUGAAAAAACGGAAGGGGAAGAAGAAGAGGAUGACGAAGAAGAAACUAUAGCUAUGUUCGUCACAGCAUCUGGUCAACAAUUAGCCCUUUAUGCAGUUGAAGAUUCCGAUGAUUAUUUUGCUGUUGCUGUCUAUGAUGAAUCUGGAGAACCACCAUCAAAUUUUCAAUUUCUUAUGAAAUCUGAUGUGGAAAGAUUAAUAAGAGAAGGAGCCGUUAGAACUGUGAAGAAACCAACUCAAAUAAAAAGACAAUUGGUAACAACACAGCCUCCAGUAUUUAUACCCAAGGAGGAAAUAACUGGUGAUAUAAUAAAAACAGAAAAUCGGACAGAACUGAUAAAAAAUCGAAAUUUUGACAAUAAGAAAAAAGUAACAACUCAUAUUGUGAAAUCUGAAUUUGAAAAUCCACCACCACCGAAAAUUAUUCGUCUCGAUGAUUCUGGAAGUGAAGAAGAACUCGUUGAACAAUCAACUGUACAAUAUAUUCUCUGCGAUGGUGAUCAGUCUGAUACAGAAUUGACAUUUGAUGAAAUUCAAGCCACACUUCAAGGAUUAAAAACAAAGACAAACAAUUUAAAGAAACAUAAAAAUAUUUCCAUUGAGAAACCUCCCCCUCAAAAGAAAACAAAUAAUGGUUUAGUAUACAUAGCCACACCGCCAUCAAUUUGCAAUACCAGUUAUCGUGGUGCAUUUUAUCAAAAUUCUAUGAAAAUUGAAUCACCACCAAAACAACAGAGUCCUGUUAAACGAUCUCAUUUAUCAAAUACAUCAAUUAUUGGUUCAAAACAAAAUCAUGGAAUUAAACGUGAAUUAUCGCCAAUGACUGAUUAUUACACACCCAAUACAUCAGUGAAUAUUUCAUUAUCCGACAGUUUGACAAAUACAAAUUCACAAUCGAAAGUCAAAAGACCUAGAAAACAACAGUUGACAUCUGUAAAUCGUGAAGAUACUGAAAUAAUAAUACAACCGGCUUCCAUGUUAGAGGAAGAGGAAGAGAUACCAAUGCCCAGAAAGAGGGGUAAACGAAAAAAGAAAAAUGCCAAUAAAAUAUCAAAAUUACCAACGAGAAAGAGUACAAGACGACGACGUACACGUGUCGAAAUAAUAGACAUCGAUAUCGAUGAUUCUGAUUCCGAUGAAACUCUACGAAGAAAAGAAGUUUUGGAAAUUACACUCGAUGAAAAUAAAGAAAAAGGUUCGAGUGAUAAGGAAAAUGAAAUUAUAAUGGUUGGAGAUUCCGAUGAUGAGGAUGAUGAGGAUGAUGAAGAUAUUGACGAAGAUAAUGAUGAGGAUGACGAUGAUGAUGAUGAUUAUGAUGAUUCUAUGAAAUGUAGACAUUGUUCAAAGGUAUUUAAACACAGACGAGCCUUUGAUUCACACACAAGAGUAUGCACUAAAUUUAGAGGCAGAUCACAUCGAUUGAGCGACAGGUACAGUAGAGAUGAAUCGUCCUCUGAGAAUGAGAGUCCAAGGAAUAAAAAGAUUAAUAAAAAAAAUUCAAAGGACAAAAGUUCUAAACCGAAAAAGGAAUAUACAUGUAAAACAUGUGAGGAGAAAUUCGAUAUGGUUGUUACUUUAGCGCGUCACGUACGCGCUGAACAUACGCCACGAAAACGUGGCAGACCAAGUAAAGCCGACACAAAAAAAUUACAAAUGCAAAUAGAAAUAAAUAGACUCAAAAAUCUCGAGAGGAAAAAUGCAGAAUUGGAAAAAGAUGACGACGACGACGACGAUGAAUCGGAAAAAGAAUCAGAAGAGGAAAUAAUUUCAAAAAAACAAGAAGAAUCCGAAAAAAAUCAACCACCCGAAGAAGAAGAAGAAGAAGAAGAAGUAGCAGCAGUAGCAGCAGAAGAAGAAACAGAAGAGAAAGAAGAAAAUUCUCCAAGAAAUAAUGAAUCGGCAGAACAAAAUUUAGAAUCGAAAAAAUCAUUAAACAUUGUCAAUCAAUCAAAAAUGGUGAAAUUAGCCAACAAGAGGAAAUUAAUUGCCAGAUUACACAGGAAGUGGAAAUUUGCCGAUUUAAGUUGUACAAUAUGCAAUCGAUGGCUUCCUAGCGCUUCCGCUCAUGAAAAUCAUAUUUUACAGCAUUUUACAAAAAGACGAAUUGCCAGAGAUAUUUAUGAAUGUUCAAUUUGUCACAAAUUCUUCAAGUCUCAAUUUACAUACAUGAAACAUAAAAAAUUGCACACCAAAGUUGAAAGAAAUUUUAAGUCUGAGGAAAGUGAAAAAUUUAUGAAAGACAGAGAAUUGGCCAUUAGACGUUGUGGGAGACCACAAAAACUCCAAGCAAAUAUUUAAUUUAACAAAAAAAAAAAAAAAGAAAAUGGAUAUAGGACAUUAAAUUAAUUUCUUUUCCAUUUUAAAAGUCAUCGCCAGACUUUGACCAAUGAUGAUCAUGAUUGUGAAAAAAAAAAGUAAAAUCUUAUUACUUUUUGACAAAAUUUGUAGACGGAAAGAAAUUUUUGUGAACCUUUAUAUAGGGUUCUUGCCUUUGAUCGAUAUAAUUAUGAGUUGUUUAUCUCAUAAAUUUCUUUUAAAUUGCUUUUCCUUUAUUUCUCUUUUGUUAGAAUUUAUUAAUAUUUUUUUUCUUAAUUUGCGGUGCAAAAUACAUAUUUCGUUGUUAAUUUUAAAUACAACUGAUGCGCCACACACGUUUUAUAAUCGUUAAAAAAAAAAAGAAUUAUAAUUAAUUAGUUAUACGUAAGUAGGUUAUCAUUAUUUUUUUUUUUUUUU